AGUGCCGAAGCUGUUAUAGACGACACUUCAUCACGGACGUUUCUAACAUACAGAGAAAUGAGUGUUGACGACGCCCUCCAGUUAACUGCCCACCUUAACGUAAAAUCCUGUCCAAGUCAGCGAGUCUUGAAGCUCUCCUGUGAGCCAUCAGGAUGCGGUGUAAAAGGUGCCGUCUCACCACAGCGCUCACAGAUCAUCGGCGGAAGCGUGUCACAGCCGCGGGAGUGGCCCUGGAUGGCAUACGUCAUUAACUUGGGCAAAAUGAUAUGUGGCGGUAGCAUUGUUAACGACAGAUGGAUCCUCACUGCGGCUCAUUGCUUUGCCAACGACAGGUUUCCUCUGGUGUACGCCAGCAUCAGGGUAGGCUCUAACACUCCAGAAUACCCAGGCAGUUUGCUGCAGACGCGAAACAUCCGGAGAAUCGUAUUGCAUAAGAACUAUAGAACACUUCCCGUGUUCAGUGCGGAUAUAGCCUUAGUGGAACUGGACAGACCCCUUAACCUGGGGGAAAAUGUGCAACCUGUUUGCCUCCCGAGGGAGGGGGUGAGAGUUAAUGAGUCGUCCGUGUGCUACGUUUCUGGGUUAGGAAAUACACGUCCAUUCUGGUCAUCUAACUAUCCCGUGAACCUGCGGCACAUGCGCACUAAAGUGUUGAAUGACACUUACUGUGAAGAGGAGUGGUCACUUGCUUUUGAAGGGAAAAUUUGCUCCGGUUUUGAAUAUGGCCUACCCCAACCUUGCUCUGGAGACAAUGGCGGCCCCUUAAUGUGUUUGAGUCCACAAGGCUACUGGGAAGUCCACGGGGUGGUCAGUUUUGGAAUACGAUCGUGUCCCGCGCAAGAGCAGGGAAAGCAACGGUACAAACCUGACGUGUACACAAGGGUGUCUGCGUAUACAGCAUGGAUUGAUGACGUCAUCAGCGGUAGACUGUAAAUGUCUGUAAAAACAGGUGUAGAAUAAUAUUAAUUCCAGUAUUUUUUGAGGAAUAAUACAUUUGUAUCUUUUCCAAUUUUUCGAUAAUUUUCAAUAUAUAAUUUUGCAUAAACCCCAAAAAUUAUGGUUAGAAUUAUUAUGUAUGUUAUCUUAGCUUCCUUGUAUUUCAAGUCAAGCCCAACGUGAGAUCAAAUGCACAUGUUAAUAUAACGUCAUCUUAGACCUUCUCUCGGCUAGUCUUUUAUAUCACGUACUUAUGUUAUAACAUUUUUCAAACAAUGGAGGAUCCGCAUAAAAGCCGGGAGACCCGGGAUCCAACCCUUAUACCAAAGACUAAAAAUGGUGCUUGUUGCUGACUCGCUUGGUGUUCAUCACUGAGAGGUUAGAGCAAGGAAAUAGGUCUAGUUGGCCCAGUUUCAAUGCAAUAUAACUGGGUGGGAUGUCAUGUGUGGUGUCUUUGGAAUAAUACUUCAUUGGCGGCAACACUAUGACGGCAUGGACUCGCCACGGGCU